CCGCUGUCUCGGCGGCUGUCGCCUCUGCCGGGAGUUUCCUGCGGAGCUAGCGCUCGGACGGAGAUAGCCCGCGGAGGCGCCCAGAAACCUCUGCCAAUGAGUGGGACUCCGCCCUGAGCGCCCCCUCCCGGUCCAGGGAAGGCGGCGGGGGGCGCCCCGCGCUCCCGCGGCUUCCAGUCGCCCCCGGCGCCGCAAGUUAGGCGAGUUGGUGGCCGCCUUCACCUGCCUCGCUUCCCUGGCCCCUGAGUCCGCGCCUGGCCGGGGGAGCCCAGGUGGCGUGCACGGCCGCCUCCCGCCGUCGCCCAGGGCGGCCUAGGGACCCUGCGUGCGCCCGGGCGCCAGACCAUGGUGGGCAGCUGCGACCCGGAGCCGCAGCCGCCGCGAGCCGACGUCGCCCUCAGCCAGCCCCCGCCCCACCCGAGCGGACGCGCGGGGGCUCGCAGCGCGCGGUCACUUCCUUCCACGGCCGGGAUGGGCAGCGCGGGACCGAACGAGCGGCCCAGCAUCGGCCGGGUAACCCCUAUCUGAGCUGCGGCCGGGAGCUGCCGACAGCUGUAGCGAGCCUGGGGUCCGGGCAGCGUGGCGAUGACCUGAUCCCGAGCCCGCCAGGGCGCCCGUCCCUUGCUGCCCGGCUCGCUCGCAGUCUGUGCAGAGACCGGCUCGGUGCGGCUGCCCGGGCGCACGGUGGCGGGGAGCUCCGGUGAAAGGCGUGUGGGCGCCGAGCUGAGGAGGACACCUUCGGCAGCUCUGCCUUUGGAGGGGCUUCUGUAAACUACUGAGUCAUUCCAGAUUUAGGAUUCCCUAAAUAAUCACCAACUGUGCCCGUCUCGUGCCGGUACGCAGGCAGAGAGAGCGAGAGCUCCCGCUCUCGGGACCCCGCAGAUCCCCAGGGUGCUUGGCCCUCGAGGAUCUCCCUCCCUCCUGCAAGUCCUCCCCCCCCCCCCCCCUCGUCUCCCGCUUUCUUUGCAGUGCUGCUGGAGGAGAGGCGCACUCACCGCAGCUGGAAACAGCUGCCCCCUCCCCGCGCCCCAACCCUGAGUCUAGCUAACCGCUCCCACUUCUCGCCUCCCUCUUGGAAUUCCAGAAGUGGGGAGGCAGGCCGGCCCCUGGAGAACCGCAGCCGGUGCGAUGCCUUCCGUAGACCUCACCCAGCCGGGACGGACCUCCUAAUCGCCAGAACCGCGGGCCACAGGGAGUUGAAUUGCUGCCUUCCUCUCUUCUCUGUCGCGGUUGGUGGCUCAUUUUCUAAAGGAACGUUUUAGUCACUUUUUAGUAUGUUCUUUUCUUUAUUAUUUUUUAAAAGCCAGGGGCACGCUUCUCGCCUCGGUACAGACUCUGCCUUGUAAACGGGUUUUCUAUGUAUGUAUGUGUAGGAAUACUUUGGACACCUUACAACGCUUGAGCCUCUCCAACCGGGGCACGGCUUGUUAUUUUGGACAUCUUUUCCCAUUCUCCACUUGGUACCCUGAACGCAGUGUGACCAAACUCCUCACUGCCCUUUGGACGUGGAUCGCCUUGAGGGUGCAAGUUUGGGGUACAAACGUCUACUUCGCCAGAAGGCCUGGGACCGCCCCGCCCCUGCCGCCAGUGGUUGGGGAAGUUUACAUCUGGAUUUUCACACAUUUUGUUGCCACUGCCCAGACUCUGACUAACCUUUUGGGCUCCAGGUUUUCAAUACUGCAACCUCCUUAAAUAUUAGCACUGCCUCCCUGCGCCUGCCCCAUCCCUCCAGGCCCUCGAGGUCCUUCCCUCACCCCAGCAGAGCAGGAACCCGAGGGCUCUGUGGAGCCCGGGGCCUUGGGCCCGCGCUGAGCAGCUAUGGCUGCAGCGAUAGCCAGCUCCUUGAUCCGGCAGAAGCGGCAGGCGAGGGAGUCCAACAGCGACCGGGUGUCAGCCUCCAAGCGCCGCUCCAGCCCCAGCAAAGACGGACGCUCCCUGUGUGAGAGGCAUGUCCUCGGGGUGUUCAGCAAAGUGCGCUUCUGCAGCGGCCGCAAGAGGCCGGUGAGGCGGAGACCAGAACCCCAGCUGAAAGGGAUUGUGACAAGGUUAUUCAGCCAGCAGGGAUAUUUCCUGCAGAUGCAUCCAGAUGGUACCAUUGAUGGAACCAAGGACGAAAACAGCGACUACACCCUCUUCAAUCUAAUUCCUGUGGGACUGCGGGUGGUGGCCAUCCAAGGUGUGAAGGCCAGUCUCUAUGUGGCCAUGAAUGGAGAAGGCUAUCUCUACAGCUCAGAUGUUUUUACCCCGGAAUGCAAAUUUAAGGAGUCUGUCUUUGAAAACUACUAUGUGAUCUAUUCUUCAACCCUGUAUCGCCAGCAGGAAUCAGGGCGUGCAUGGUUUCUAGGACUCAAUAAAGAAGGUCAAAUCAUGAAGGGGAACAGAGUGAAGAAAACCAAGCCCUCAUCUCAUUUUGUACCAAAACCUAUUGAAGUGUGUAUGUACAGAGAACCGUCACUACAUGAAAUUGGAGAAAAGCAAGGACGUUCGAGGAAAAGUUCAGGAACACCCACCAUGAAUGGAGGCAAAGUUGUGAAUCAAGAUUCUACAUAGCUGAAAACUCAUCUUCUUCUUCCCUUUCCACCCUCUCCCUUCUCUUUCCUUCCCUUUCCCCGUUUUCUCCAAUAAAUUCACCCCAACAAGAGAAAAAUAAUAAAACGGCAUCACAGGACUUAGUAGCUGAGAUUCUGCACUCAAAAAUCUUCCUUUGUGUAGGACAAGAAAAUUGAACCAAAGCUUGCCUGUUGCAAUGUGGUAGAAAAUUCACAUGCAUAACAAUUAUCUCACAUAAAAGCAAAGAAAAAUAAAUCAGGACACCACAGACACUAAAUUUAACUGUGUUGUUAUUAACAGAGGGCUAAUUGUAAAUAAAGACACAACUAUAUUGCAGACAAAAUACAGUCACUGAAUGGAUGGAAAAGGUUUCUAGAAAGCCACUUAGAAGAUGUUGUUGGACCUUAAAUCCUUUUAAGUUCUAGGGAAUUCUGUGAUGUGCAGUUUUGUUUCAUAUUUGUAUUUUCUUUAGACUUCUGUAAAUGAGGCACAGUUACCUCCUGUUUUCAGGAUAUUCUCCAAAUCUUAAAAUUGAACUUGUCAAAAUUGCAUUCUUCUAUUGUCUCUCAGACAUAUAUCUAAUGUCUAUCAGUCAGGGGCCAUUUAGUAUGAAGAAAAGUUUUAAACAUUAUUCUUGAUGUUGGCAAUAUUUUUUUAUUUUAGAAAAUGAAAUCUUGUGUUGAAUUUAAUUUUAUUAUCUGAUUUCAUUCCUCUGUAAAGAGUUUCUCCUAAGGGAAUAUUGUAUUUUUCUCUGAAUAUUGACCUAGGAUUUCACUAUUUUUUUUUUUACACAUUUAGGGAAAAUGGUUUUAUUGUAUUUCUGAGAAGGUAUAAACACCCUCUGCCAUUGCUGUAUCUGGUGAAGAAGCAUUGGCUUCUAGCCUUUUCCAUUCAGUCUUACUGUUGAUUUGUGGGUACUUUUGAACAUGUAUGUGCAUAUCUAGCUGCCAUAGAAAGUUAUUCUUUUUUGCUAUGUCUUGCAGCAGGGAAGAAGGAAGCUGGGUUUUACCUAAAGAAAUGGGGCAGGGAUAUCGAGUCAAAGCCAAUUUAAUGGCCUCUUUUAUGUUGCCAGAAUUUUGUGUGUAGACUGUUUUCCAAACUCUAUGAAAAAUCGGGAGAGUUAUUAAUGAAAUUCCUGACUUACCAUAUAUGAGGGCACUAGUUUGUUUGUAUUAUCCACAUUGACAAGUCUAGUUUCUGUGUUCUAGAAAACAGAAGGUAACUAAUUAAACAUGGAAUUUUCAAAGGACAGUGAGAAAAAAUUUAACAGCUUUGAUUUCAAUAGACAGAGUUUUGUUGAUGGGUUUGUUUAUGGAAAACGAACUCCAUGUAAGAGCAAGCAAACACACUGUUAGGAAUACUGAAGGACUAGGAAGCAUUAGCAAAGGCAUGAAGUUAUACCAUGGCAUUGGAUUUACUAGAUCUACUUAGGCCUGGAAACCUGAAAUGGUAUAGAAACAUCCACAUUCAAACAGAACAAACCAGAACGUUUAAAAUGUUUGCAGAUUUAUGGGUAUCAUAAUGAGAAGACUCAGCAUGUAACUUUUCCUAUAUAUCUACUGUCCAGCAUGUAUGACUCCAACUAUGACUUCCUAAAAUACACUCUUUGCAGAAGAUCUAGGUCCUCACCUCAAACCUUUCCACUGGUUGCUGUAUUCUUUUAAGGCCAAUGUAGUGUCUCCCCUCUACACAAUCAUUAUUCUUAAAUGUGAUUCUUGUCCUAUCAAGUAUCCUAUUUAUGUUCUCUGAACAAUGGCAGGAAAUGUACUAGAGGAAUUUUCCUAUAAAGCUAGGAAGAAUAGCAAUUAUGCACAGAGGUCAGGCUUUUGAAGACAUUUUAAAUCAGAAUACAAGGAAAGUAACAGAUACAUUUAAUUUUUAUAUAAGGAAUAUUGCUUUCUGAGGAAGAGAAUAACCAUGUAAAGACACAAAAUCAGAAGAUGUAUUCAUUGUCACUGCUGAUCCAACUUAAUUAUAAAUACACCUGUCACUUCCAGGACCAAACAAGUCCCAAGCACAAAGCCUUAUUUUCUUUGAAACAAAUAAUAAAUAAAGAGGCUUCAACAAAUAUGGGUCAUGGGAUCUUUUAGGAGGAAGUGCCUGGAGGUUUUAAGGUGAUAUGUUUACUCAACCAUAAUGCAGCUGAGGGCCCACAGGAAAUGCAAUUGGUGGAAGUCACAGUUGCCCAUCUCAUUGAUGAUUUCAUGAUAGAAAUUCAGUCAUGUUGUUUAUGAAAAUAUAAUCUGAUAUCAAUCUCUAAUAAAAUUCCUUCUCUAUUUUCAGUGGUUGUCAAUCAUUCAUCAUACAGACACACCUUUGUCCCCAUCCUAUCAGUAGAUAAAAAGACCACUCCAUUUGUCUUUAGUUUUCCCUUCAUACUGUGCUUAGCAAAUGUAAACGUGUUUUGGAAAUGAACUUUGUUUUUUUUACAACUGAUUUCAAGAGCAAGUUGAAAGGCUUACAUUCCCUCUAUUCAUAAACCAGGAAAAAGUGUGGUUUAGGGCACAGGGCGAACAUUUGUUUACUCUCUGGUUGCUUUGUAAAUACAUUAAAACCAUAGAUAGAAUCAAUACUCACUGCCUUAAGUCUUAAAAUACAUGAAGAAAUAUAAGCAUAGAACUUUCCUAUUUUACUUAAAAACAUGAGCCAGUGUCGACGGUUGUUUUUCAGCUUUCUUUCCAAGUAUAGCAGUUCUUUACUGUGCUAGUCUUUGUUCUCCUUCCUGACUUCAACUCACCUAUCACCUGGUUUUCUUUAAUUUUAAUAAGGAUUCGCUUUUUGUUGCUUCUAAAACGAUGCAAGAAUAUAUUUCCAGGGAAGGACUGCAGUAGAGAACUCUAGGAGCCCUUCUGUUUUAGCUGAAUGGUCUUAAUAAUGGAAUCAAAAUGCUGUGAGUCUCACAAAAUGGCUUUUUGGUCAAUAUUCUGUACUUGAUAUUUUAGCUAGAUGUUUGAGACCUAGAAACAAAUGGUGCUGAAGUUCCACCUGCUAACGUUGAGACCUUGUGCUUCAGGAGACUGAACACAGCGAGCCACCCUUUUCCUGAUCAUAGUGAUAGUUUUGGUUUUGAAUUACAUAUGUGAAGUUCAUAAAACAUAUUUAGCCGUUAAGGAUUGGCACAGUGACUAGACACCCAUGUAAUAUAGUGUGAUUCUUUAUGGACCUCAUUCUUAUUCAAACACCUAUACAGAAUAACUCUUCUACCUAAGAAAAUGGCAAUCCUGUUGCUAGGUAUUUUUUCUCAGUUGGCGAUUCUGUCAUGCCACAGAGAAGUGUUAAGAGUGCUGAAACAAGAGGAAGGGAUGGAGUGGAACUUGAUGUUGUGUUAAAUUGCCUUUAGGUCCAAUCUGGGACCCCUGGUUGCUUAGAUAAGAAGCAUGACUACUUUGACAGUGAUUUGUGUUUUAAAACGUCAAACCAGAAAUAGAAAUUCUACCCUUAUGCCCUGGUGUUUAGUAUAGAAAACCUUGCUUUUGAAAAGGCUUUCCAUGAAGUUGCUUGAUUUCUUCUGCACAAGAUGAGACACAGUCAAGCUUAAAAAUUCCUGCUCAUUUUAAUGCCAUUAAAUGUUGGGUUUAUUACUGUGUCAUAGAUUGUAAAUAGCAUUUUUUAAGCCAGAAUCACAUUAAAAACUGUGGAUUGUUCUACAAAUAUAUAUGUGUAUAUAUACAUAUGCUUCUGAAAUGAGGAUAUAUUAUAUAAAGUUUUUAUUUGAUCUGUGGACUUUCAUUAGGUAGUCAAAAAUAAAGAGAUUUGAAUGCAAAACUUUAUAUAUAAAUGUAUAUUUCUAAUGAUAGCAAAAAUUGCCACUUUAUAAGAAAAAAGAGUCAAGUGGGAACAAUACUAAAGCACAUGCUCCUUUGGAAUGUUGGUGAGUUUUAAUCCCCUCUGAUGCAGUGAUAAUGCUUUAAUAUCAAACAUUUCUUGGAAAGCUAUAAUUCCCAAUAGAAGUCUUAACCUGAGGUUUGAGAGAUGGUUGAGAGAUGGGGAGAGGAAGUGAAAUACUGAUAUUUAUCAGGGCACUUUGGAGACCAUAUUUAAAACCAAUAUUUAAGUCUAAAUUGAGUGUAAAUUGCUAAUGUUCAGGGAUGAUAUAUUGCGCUUCAGUGACAAAUAAAAGCAGAAAAGAGAAUACUUACCAUUAUAACAGCAUUGAAAUCAUGUAAUGAACUUGCAUCAUUAGUUUUACUACCUGGAAACAAGGAGCUGUUGUUUCUUUGUCUUUGCUCCAAGCACAAUUUAAUGACAGUAGCAUUCAUUUUACUCAAAGUCGUUUAAAAAAUCUCAAAUAUAUAGUAACAAGUACAAUCAUUAUUGCUACAUUUCAAGGUUAACUGUUAUAAUCUUAAUAAAUGAUUGACACUCAACUGUUAAUAAACAUGUUAUAUGAGAAACCUAGCAGAUUAAUAUUUGUUUUCAUUAAAGCACAGUUUAUUUAAGUCAUUGGUAUUUUUUUUUUAGAUCAGCUUUGUAAACUGUUUAUACAUCUCAACCUUCCUGAAGUGAAAAGAAAUUAAAAUCUUGAGAUCUCAUGCAUGUAGAGUAUAGGCACUUUUUUAAAAAAAAAAAAAUUAAACUUCA